AUUUAUCUGAAUAUUUAUUUGAUUUCUAUAAUUGUUUCGAGCGGGCGGGACUUUUAUUUUGGCAUGGCGGCGUGACGUCAUAAGGCUGCGCUCUGCUUCUGUGAUUCGUCUGAAGGAAAGGUUUGUGUUUAAACAUUUACCUCAAUACAACAUUACAGAGAAGUGUGACCGUAACUAACAGUUUUUACAAGCAAAGCGCGUCCUCACGUGACUAACUGAAAAGGACCUGUGAUAUAUUUGUGAUCUCCCAGCAAAGAUAAAACCUCUUGAUCCCGUUGGAUUUGUGUUGGGACCUGCGGGAUCCCAAUCAAGCGCUCUACUGUGGGCUUUAAAAGACAUGAUGGCACUGAAAGAGGAAAGUCAAGAACCGAAUGAAGUAGAAGAGAAAUAUCAUGAUUUCAUGGCUGGAGAAAAACCUUUUUGUUACUCACCGACUCAACAGAGCGCAACAGAAAAUGCAAACUUUCAAGUCCAUUUGAGUGUUCACACUGGAGAAAACCCUUUAACCUGUCAACAGUGUGGAAAGAGUUUCCCUGAAAAAGAAGCCCUUAAAGUCCAUUUGAAAAUGCAUGCAGGAGAGAAACGGUUCAUAUGUCCUCAGUGUGGAAAGAGUUUCAAUCGAAAAGAAAGCCUUGAAUGCCACUUGAAUAUCCACACUGGAGAGAAGCCUUUCACCUGUCAACAGUGCGGAAAGAGUUUCACUCGAAAAGACAGCUUUAGAGUCCACUCGAAAAUCCACACUGGAAAGAAACCAUUCAUUUGCUCUCAGUGUGGAAAAAGUUUUAAACAGACAAAUGAACUUAGUGUUCACUUGAGAGUUCACACUGGAGAGAAGCCUCACACCUGCAAACUGUGUGGGAAGAGCUUCGCACAGAAAGGAAAUCUUAUGACUCACAUGAGAGUUCACACCGGAGAAAAGCCGUUCAUCUGCUCUCAGUGUGGAAAGAGUUUUAAACACAAAACACAACUUGAUGCCCACAUGACAAAUUACACUGGAGAGAAGCCUUUUAUGUGUGAUCAGUGUGGAAAGAGCUUCACACAAAGAGAGGUUUUUAAGACUCACAUGAGAGUUCACACCGGAGAGAAGCCAUACAUGUGUGAUCAGUGUGGAAAGUGCUUCAGAUAUAGAGACAGCUUUAAUCAUCACAUGAGGAUUCACGCUGGAGAAAUAUCUUUCAUAUAUCGCGAGUGUGAAACAAGUUUCACAGACAAGAAACGUCUUAAGGAUCAUGUAAAAACUGUCACCAGAGAGAAGCCUUACAAGUGUCUUCAGUGUGAAAAGAGUUACACAACUAAAAAAAGCCUGAAACGGCAUUUCCAAAGUCAUUCUGGAAAAAAACUGCCGCUUUCCUCGGUGUGAGAAGAGGUUUAGAAAAAGGAGUUAUUUCAACAAUCAUGUAAUAAAAACAUCACACUUAGAAAAACAAGUUUAUUCAAGAGUGCUAUUAGUAUACUUUGAAACUACAAAUAAAGUAUAUUUUACUAAUAAAGUAUACUAGUUUACUUUUUCUGUACUUCACAGAAAUAUACUUAAAACUAUACUUAAGUAGGGAUGUAACGAUUAACCGCGAGCUGGUUGAAAAUUGAUUCAUAUAUGUGACGAUUCAAAUCGGUUUAGAUGCUAAACAAAUCGCAAUUCAAUUAGUGGUAGGAGUUUAUAUGAAUGUAUGUCUGAGGGGAACUUACUGUCUAGAAAAGUUUAGAUGAUAUUUUUUCUUUUAAUUUUGCCUCUGUAUAAUGCAUAUUAGAGUUCAUAAGUGCAGCGCUGCUUUGUUUACAGUGGAAACCAAGGAAACGCUUAAAGCGCCACCUGCUGGCAGAGAGUGAAUCUGCGUCUCAUUCAGCUAGUCAUUUCAUUUCAUGCAGAUAUUUUACAGUAUAUAUACAGUAGUUUCACAAAACUGAAGCCGGACCAUUCUGUUUUUGCUUCAAAUUUCGAAAUUAUACAACUCUAAUUUAGAUUAAAAACUGCUCAUGUUGCAUGUAUGCAGCAUCUUUGUUAGCAGAGGCUUUUAUCCAAAGCGACUUACAAAUGAGGAGAAUAAAAGCAAUCAAAACCAACAAAAGAGCAAUAAUAUGCAAGUGCUAUAUUAGUAUAUUAUUAUAGUGUUAUAUUUCAAUUUCACAAAGAAACGUGCUGCAUUUUGUCCAAGCAAUAAUAAAAGUACACAUUUAAUUUAUAAUUUGUCUCAUCUCAUUUUGGAAACAAACAAAACAAAAAAAACAAUGUGAAUCAAAUCGAAUCGUGAACUCAAAAUCGUGAAUCGAAUCGUGAGUUGAGUGAAUCGUUACAUCCCUAUACUUAAGUAUACUUGAUUUAAAUUGACAGUCUAAAUAUUGGCACAUGAACACCACCACAAAGUCGUUAUUACGAGUGGGGAAACUCAAAAUUUUCUUUAAGCCCCGAGUUUCCGAGUUGGAGUGAAGUGUCGGUGUUCACGAGUCAGUGAAAAAACGUGUCAGAUGCAAUGGACACAGCCAAAGACUAAAGAUAUGCAGCAUCGGUAAAGUUGUUGAAAUGAAUAAAAUGAUGUUUUUUUUUUUGUAAUGUACAAUAAAACAAUAUAAGUUGCACAUACAAAAUAUUAUAUUAUUGUAUAAUUAUAAUAGAAUAUCAAAUUUUUCAGUUUACAUCACCUUCAUAAAUUAAAUAAAAACAAAAAAAAGAAAAAACACGAUGCACAUUCUUCAUUCAUCAUUUUGUAGAUGUAGAGUUAAAAAAAUAAUUGAAUUUUAUGUAGAAAAGUUAAAUCGCCAUCUUGUUCCAACCAAAGUGACUUGAACGCACCCGACGUCGUAAUAACGACUUGUCAACUCGUAAGUACGAAUGUCCCAGGAGGACUUGAACGCAGCAUAUGUUUGGCCUAUACUUGCACUCAAUCUUGUGAUUGAGAUAUACUGAAAAGUAAAAUAAAGUAUUCUAAAUACACUUGGCUUGUAGUUGUUUACUCUUUUGAUUGAGUGGCCUUUUUUCCACAUAUAUAAUUUUUU